CAAAUUCUCAAAAAAGGAAACCCAAAGGCUCAAGGGCUGAACGUUGCGAACUGCAGAUGUUACUUCAGCCCGCUCACAAUUGUGCUUGCAAUGCAUCGACUUCGCUCUCUUUCUCUUUCUCGUAUAUAUACCGCACAACCCGCCUCUCAUCCCUGCACUUUGCUAAUGAAUCCCACCUACGAGGACUCACAAACAAGCCCUCUCAGCAGCGACGGAUCGCGCCUUGCGCAUGGUCUCCCGGACUCAAGUGCGCCUGAUCUUGCAUCGUUGAUCACCAACACCGUCACUCUGUUGUCACUGCCUGCGAUUGGUCUCACGCUCUCUCUGUGUGCGGUAUUCACCGCAUUCGUCCUCUGGGCCGCGCCAGGAAGGGUCUCUCGUGCAAUGGUGGCCGACGUCGAACAAGCCGAUGGAGAGUUCUGUGAUGCUGCCGAGCUGGGAGCUGUACAGUUUCGUGGAGAGAUGGCCAAUGAACUCGAACAACUACGCACGACGGCAUCGGUGCUCAGGGAGGAGUAUCUGAAGAGUUCUCUUUCGUACCAGAGCAGUGUCCUCUACCUCUUGAAGGGAUGCCCCAUCAGACUCGUUCUCUGCCGACGCGCAAUCCAAGUCUUCCGAACUCGCACUGAGAUUGCCAAGGAGACGCAUAAUCGCGUGCCACCAGAGCCGGAACCUAUUGUGUUCCGGCGUCGUAGAGCUACUGCUCAAACACGUCCCGGCUCGUAACCGCCAUCUUUCCGUCAGUGGACUCUUGUAUCAUCGUUGUCACAAUCUAUCCUGUACCCACCGAGUUCUACAUAUCAUGUUCUACCCAUCAUUUCAUGGACCGUAAUCUAUGUUCAGUCU